AUGGCUUCCACUUCGCACUUCCGCACUCUCAUUGCUUUCCUGCUAGCCACCACGAGCUUUCCAUGCUCUUUACUAGCUGCUCCAACGGGCACAUACACUGCCCCAGCACCAACCUCACUCCUAGGGUUCAAUCCUGCAAAUGGAGUUGUGAAUGCAGAUCCAAAAAAUAUCAAGUUCACUCUCGCACCAGGACAGACUGACUCGGCCGUCAUCGGCGCUCCCCUUGAUUUCAACAAUGCAAAGAACCCACAGCCAAUCCGGGGAAGCAAAGGGGGCACAGAUCCAGGACCGCACACAGACAAGUAUAGCCAGUUGAACCCGGAUAGACUCGCACCGCCGGGAACGGAUCACGGCAGUGUCGCCAAUGCCCAAUGGCCACUGGAAUUAAGUCAUGCAAAACUCGGGCUUGAUAGAGCAGGCUGGUCCCGGGGGCAGAAUAUAGAUAAUAUCCCGGUAGCGACCGAGAUGGCGGGUGUUGAUAUGAGGUUGGAAGAAGGUGGGUAUCGGGAACUUCAUUGGCAUAAGGCGGCUGAGUGGUCGUAUGUGCUGAAUGGGAGUGUACGCAUCCAGGCGAUGAAUGAGGAUGGGCAGACCUUUGUGGAUGAUCUUUCGGCAGGGGAUGUGUGGUUUUUCCCUCCUGGUGUGCCUCAUUCCCUUCAAGCCUUGGAGGGUGGAGUUGAAUUUCUGUUGGUUUUCGACGAUGGGAGCUUCUCGGAGGACAACACAUUCCUAGCUACUGAAGUCUUUGCUCGAAAUCCGAAAUCAGUGUUGUCCAAGAAUUUCAAGGUUCCCAUCUCUGCAUGGGAUAAAAUUCCACCAGGCGCGCUAUUUAUCUUUCCCGGAACGAAAGCGCCGAAGAAUAUCUCGGCACAGAACGUUACAGGCACAGCCGGAAUUGUCCCAACACAGCAGUCGUAUUCAUACCAUCUCUCGAAACAAGAGCCAACCUUUAGUCUCGACGGCGGAAGCAUUAAAAUCAUUGACCCUACAACAUUCCCAAUUGCAACGAAGUUUUCGGCCGCCGUUGUGACUGUGAAGCCAGGAGCUAUUCGCGAGAUCCACUGGCAUACGACCAGCGAUGAGUGGAAUUUUUUUAUUGCUGGUUCUGCACGGAUUGGUAUCUAUGCUGCGGAAGAUGCUGCUCAGACAUUCGACUACCAUGCCGGAGACUGUGGAUAUAUUCCCAAGGCAAUGACACAUUAUGUAGAGAAUGUUGGGAAUGACGAUGUCGUCUUUAUCGAAGUGUUGCAGGCUGAUCACUUUUCCGAUAUUUCAGUUGGCCAGUGGGUGGGGUUGACCCCUCCGCAGAUUGUUAUCGAUACCUUGAACUUAACGUCGGAAACUGUUUCAUCGUUCAAGAAGGAGAAGCAAUAUAUAGUCCAGGGAGAUCCUGUCGCAUGA